GAAUUUUUUCUUUCAAUUUACCAGACGAAGAGGACGUGAAUCUACUCGUACUGCUUACGACUUCUCUCAAAUAUGGCUCAUCGACAAGCUGCUACAUACCCCGACCUCAAGGGAAAGGUGGCCCUGGUUGUUGGCGCAGGCCAAUCGGGGGAUGCCAACAGCAAAUAUUGGGGCAUUGGAGCAGCCAUCGCAAAGGUCCUGAGCGAAUCAGGUGCCAAAGUCAUUGCCUGCAACAGGAGCGUGGAAGCAGCACAACGAACAGCUGCUCGAAUCCACGCAGAUGGGGGAAUCUGUGAUGUCAUCCAAGCAGACGCGACGAGCCAAACCGAUAUCAAGCGCGUUGUCGAUGAAGUGAUGAAAACCUUCGGCCGAAUCGAUAUCCUAGUCAACAACGUCGGAAGAACAUUGACGGGAGACGCCGGAAGCAUGACAGAAGAGGACUGGGAUGCGCAAAUCCGCCUGAAUUUGAAAUCCGUCUAUUUGAGCUGUAACGCCGUGCUGCCCAUCAUGGAAAAGCAAGGAUCUGGUUCUAUCAUUAACAACGCGUCUAUCGCUGGAAUGCGAUACCUGGGUAAGCCUCAGGUUGCGUACGCAACAGCCAAGGCGGCGGUAAUCCAUUUUUCGCAGACAACUGGCAUUAUGUAUGCUGGUAAGGGUAUCAGGGUGAACUCGGUCGCCCCUGGUAUGAUGUACACUCCGCUGCUGGAGUCGCUCGGCAACAGCGAGUCUGCAGAGGAACGCGAAAUUUACAGGAAGGUCACUGAGCAUAAUGUGCCCCAGGGCAGUAUGGGAGAUGCAUUUGAUGUUGCCAAUUGUGUUGCGUUCCUUGCAAGCAGUGCGUCAAGAUACAUUACGGGUCAGAAUUUGGUCAUGGACGGUGGGCUGACAGGGUCUACUGGUACUGGGUGGUCUUCUCAGCCACGGCCAUCCCGGUUGUAGCGGUUAUUUGCGUUUACACGUGAACCUAGAGAUAGAGUAGAGUUAGAUGAAUAUUGAUUCAGAUGCCUAUUAUUGUACAGUGCACGGUGACUAUCAUCCGUGUUGAUGUUUUUCGUUCAUAUCGCAUUCGACACCCGGGAUUGGUUAAAAC